AUGUCGAAGGAGCAUUCUUGUUGUUCGUCGACAUGUAGUGUGUGGCGGAAGGAAAACCGUAAUUUGUGUUCACCGAUUUGCCACUGUGGACUGAGAUGCGCGCUGAGAACUGCUAAAACUCUGAAGAAUCGUGGCAAGCAAUUUUGGGGAUGCUCGAAGUAUAAGAGUGGUGCUGAAGAGGGUGGUUGCAACUACUUCAAAUGGUUCAAUGAUGUUGUGGAAGAGGAAAGGGGGAAAUGCUUGAAGUGUGAAGGAAAUAAAGAAAGUUCGGUGCACAGUGAAGAAAUGGAUAGUUAUAGGAAAAUUUUAGUUAAGUUUGAGAAAUCUUUGUUGGUUGUUCAGAACUGGAUGAAGCAAGAAAGACAGGAGAAACAUGACUCUGGCCUCACCAAUCAAAAUGACAUCAAAAUUCUUGUUAACACCAUUGAAAAAUAG